AUGGGGGCCGGUGCGAGCGCCGCGGGCAUGCCUCUGCAGGAGAGGCGAGACCUGUACGAGGACCUGAAAAAUAAAUACACUCGGAGCGAUCUCGACAACCUCGCUGAGGAAGAGAAGCAGGCGUGGCUCGAGGUUCUCGACGAAAGAGAGGCUGGAACAGCGCCGGCGGCAGUCACCGCAGCAGAGACGACCGCUGUGGCAGAGCCAGUGAAGAACGGGGCGACAGGAGAGCAAGGUGUGGAGGUGGAGAAAAGGGAAGCAGACGCAGCGGCGUGCUCCUUCAACGAGGAAAACCUCUCAGUUUCUGCACCAGAAGUGACAGUGAGGGAGGCAGCCGCGGCCGCCGCGGCCCUUACCGGUGCUUCGAGCGGCCGAAAAUCGGGCUGGGACCUCUCCGGCGGGGGGGACACAGGGGUCAGACCUCAGGAGAAACACACGCGCUUGUCGUACCUUGUUGGCUCUGACAGCAGCGGGGAUGCCCGGGAAAACGGUGGUGGUGGCGGUGGCGAUCUUCAAGCCGAAGGGGGAGACGGAGCUCCCGCCGACGAUGACGGUGGAGGCUCACGUCGACAUAGCGGCAAGCGCGGAUCGGCCGUGGUCCCGAAUUGGAGAAAAGCCGCGGAGGAGGUGGAGACCCCAAACGAGCUCUGUGUCGGGGAUAUCGUCAGGGUCAGGGACAAGGAACUCAACGGCAUGUGGUUCGAGGGAGUUUUAACCGCCAUUCACGACGAAUCUACCUUUGAGGUGGAGCUAUCUGGAGAUGACGAGGACGAAGAAGGUUGUGUGCAGCACAUCACGGUCGGAAUCGAUGACGUCGUCAGGGUAAUGCCGUGGUUUUGUAUUGAGGUGGGAGACAUGGUGGAGUGCCAGCUGGAAGGGACAAUGAUCUGGCUUCGGGGGACCGUCGUCAACAUUCACCUGGAGCAGGCGCUAUACGACGUGGCACUAGAGUCGUGUGAGGAUGGUCAGGCCGAUGGUCGCGAGACUUACGGGGAGAACGACGUCGCAGGCGGUGGCGGGGACUGCGAAAAGAAGCAAGGGGAGGCCUCUCCGAAUACCAUGUACAGGGUCCCGGAGUCCAGCAUUAGAAAGGUUGUCAGCGGUCGACAAGCUGCGGCAAAACGAUGGAAAAAGAUGUAUCUGGCGUCCUGCGUGACAUCCGCUAUGGGUAGGUUGAUCGGCGAUUUUCAGCGGAGUAGUUGA